AUGCUACGGGCCUUCGUCGCUCGCCGCAAAAGUCUCCUAUGUCGUCCACAGUUCACUUCAGACACUGCGUGUUGUAUGAUCCAAUACGUUAAAGUCUCUUCUACAUCCCACAUGUGGCAAAAUACUCAUGUUGAUGUGCGUUCGGGAGUUGUUUGGGUUCAAAAAGUUGUUCCAAGUUUAGAGACGUUUUUAUCGUUGGAGAACCAUUUGAUGAUCCCAUUGAAGUUUAUUGUACCUUUUGAAGACCCUGCAUGGCCACAAGAAGCUUGGGGGUAUCCACUAGGAAUGCAUUGCAAUUAUUUACGUGUGAGUAAACAACAAGGAAGAAAACUGCCAUUUUUUGCCGUCAAAGACUUGGAAAGACUCAAGUUUCCAUGGAAUAUGCGACAAUGCAGAUGGGACGUACUGGUACUGCCUUCUUUGCAGAACUAUUAUGAUAUUCAUGGUCAUACUGAUAUUCCUCAAAACUUUGUCGUCCCAAUGGGGCAUCACGAGUGGCCCGAAAUCCUUUGGAAUCUCCGACUUGGACAAAUUAUUAUGAGUAUCAAAUAUGCUGAUACGUAUAAACCACAACGAGACGCUUGUAUGGAUGAAUUACACAAGAUUCACUUUUCCACACAAUACUGGAAAGAACGAAUGUGGGAUUCCAAGAUUUUUCCGGCCUUGGAGACAUUUCGACGGGAAUUUGGACACUGCAAUGUGCAAUACAAGUUUGUCGUGCCGGACAGUGAGAACUGGCCACAGCAGACGAGGGGAGUGAGACUGGGAGCGAUUGUCGCGAAUAUGCGCUGUCGAGGCGAUUACGACGUUAUGGUGAAUCGAGACAAGGACAAGUUGAAGGCAAUUGGCUUUGUGUGGAGUCCAGAUGAUGAACGAUGGAGUAACAGAAUUCUGCCGGCACUUGAAACGUACAGCAAAGUAUACAAGUCAGGAUGGGUGCCUUUGGAGUUUACUGUCCCGGAGUCGGAACCUUGGCCUGAACAGACACGCGGAUUGAAACUCGGCAGAAUUUUCAUGAAAAUCCGACAAACGGGGUCGUACUCUUCGUACGUGGAAAGAGACAGAGAUCGUUUGGAUGCAAUUGGAGUCAACUUUAAGGCUCCCUACAAAAAAUGA